AUGUUUGCCGCUCGUCGUGUCCCGCUCGCGCGGCCCCUUACGGCAACCACCCGCCGUCUUUUCCACGCCUCGGCGCCCGCCUACGUCCAGGUCGGGGACAAGAUCCCGGACGUCGAGCUGAUGGAAGGCUCGCCGGGCAGCAAGGUCAACAUCGCAGACGAACUCAGGAGCGGCAAGGGCCUUGUCAUUGGAGUUCCGGCAGCUUUCUCCCCGUCGUGCUCGGAAAGCCAUAUUCCCGGGUAUAUCAACUCGGCCCAGCUCAAGUCGGCCGGCCGAGUGUUUGUUGUUUCUGUUAACGAUGCAUUCGUCAUGAAGGCAUGGGGCAAAGUCUUGGAUCCCUCGGGUUCAAGCGGGAUCAGAUUCCUUGCAGAUCCCGACCUGAGGUUUACCAAAGCGCUUGACCUAGCCUUUGACGGCGCUGCCAUAUUCGGCGGUGACCGCUCCAAGAGAUACGCCCUCGUGACUGAGGACGGCGCGGUCAAGGAGGCCCAUGUGGAGUCAGAGAACACGGGAUUGAAAGUGUCUUCCGCGGACAACGUCCUUGGCAAACUGCUCAAGGAAUGAGUGGAAUCCUGUUUCCCGAGCAGGGACGAUGACAUCAGGACUACGGACACUCUUUCAUUACUCAGGCGAAUGCGGAACUUAAGCCUAGUUGGGCUUCAACUCUCACUGUACGAAUAUGCAGAAAAUAGAUCACAUACCACAUCCAUAGAACAAGGUUUUCAGACUUGGCAGAGCCUUC